AUGACUAAUGGACCCGUGGAGGCCGCUUAUACCGUCUAUGAGGACUUCUACCAGUACACUGGUGGAGUAUACACCCACACUGGUGGAGCUGCGCUCGGUGGUCAUGCAGUCAGAAUUCUUGGAUGGGGUGUCGACAACAAGACCCCAUACUGGCUCGUUGCCAACUCCUGGAACACCGACUGGGGAGAGAACGGUUACUUCCGAAUCCUCCGUGGAGUCAACGAGUGUGGAAUUGAGCACGCUAUUGUUGCUGGAUUAGCAAAAGUCUGA